GCCCUGUCGUGUCCCUCGCGCGCCGCCGUAGCCUGCCCGCUCCGCGGCGUGAGGGGAGCCCAGGCCGCAGCGGCGCCGCUUGCCCCGCCGAGCCCGAUGUGAGCCGCCCCGCGGCGGGGCCAGGCAGCGGGGCCAUGAAGAAGGACGUGAGGAUCCUGCUGGUGGGAGAACCCAGAGUUGGGAAGACAUCACUAAUUAUGUCUCUUGUCAGUGAAGAAUUUCCAGAAGAGGUUCCACCACGAGCUGAAGAAAUCACCAUUCCAGCAGAUGUCACCCCUGAAAGAGUGCCAACCCACAUAGUGGAUUAUUCAGAAGCUGAGCAAAGUGAUGAGCAGCUUUACCAUGAAAUAUCACAGGCAAAUGUGAUUUGUAUAGUAUAUGCUGUUAACAACAAGAAUUCUAUUGAUAAGGUAACAAGUCGAUGGAUUCCUCUCAUCAAUGAAAGGACAGACAAAGAUAGCAGGCUGCCUCUUAUAUUAGUUGGAAACAAGUCUGAUCUAGUGGAAUAUAGCAGUAUGGAAACUAUCCUUCCCAUUAUGAAUCAAUAUACAGAGAUAGAAACAUGUGUAGAGUGUUCAGCCAAAAACUUGAAGAAUAUAUCUGAGCUAUUUUAUUAUGCACAGAAAGCUGUUCUACAUCCUACAGGUCCUCUUUAUUGUCCGGAGGAGAAAGAGAUGAAACCUGCCUGUAUUAAAGCACUCACUCGCAUUUUUAGGAUUUCUGAUCAGGACAAUGAUGGCACUCUGAAUGAUGCAGAGCUCAACUUCUUUCAGAGAAUUUGUUUUAAUACACCACUGGCACCUCAGGCUUUAGAAGAUGUAAAGAAUGUAGUAAGGAAAAACCUAAGUGAUGGAGUUGCAGAUAAUGGAUUAACAUUGAAAGGUUUUCUUUUUCUACACACACUUUUCAUUCAGCGAGGAAGGCAUGAAACAACUUGGACUGUUUUACGUCGCUUUGGAUAUGAUGAUGAUUUAGAGCUUACACCAGAGUACUUAUUUCCUCCGCUAAAGAUUCCUCAAGACUGCACAACAGAAUUAAAUCAUCAUGCAUACUUGUUUCUUCAGAGUAUUUUUGAUAAACAUGAUUUGGAUAGAGACUGUGCUUUGUCUCCUGAUGAAUUGAAAGAUUUGUUCAAAGUCUUCCCGUAUAUGCCAUGGGGACCUGACGUUAACAACACUGUUUGUACAAACGAAAGGGGGUGGAUUACAUACCAAGGGUUUCUCUCUCAGUGGACACUGACCACAUAUUUGGAUGUACAGCGUUGCCUGGAGUACCUGGGUUAUUUGGGCUACUCGAUACUUGCGGAACAAGAAUCUCAAGCAUCAGCAAUUACAGUGACAAGAGAUAAGAAGAUAGACCUCCAGAAAAAACAGACUCAGAGAAAUGUCUUCCUAUGCAAUGUUGUUGGAAUGAAAGGCUGUGGGAAAAGUGGAGUUCUUCAGGCUCUUCUUGGAAGAAAUCUAUUAAGACAGAGGCAAAUACGUGCAGAACACAAAUCUUACUAUGCCAUUCAUACAGUCUAUGUAUAUGGACAGGAAAAAUACUUACUGCUACAUGAUGUCAGUGAUGCUGACUUUUUAACUGAUGCUGAGACCAUAUGCGAUGUUGUCUGCCUGGUAUAUGAUGUCAGUAACCCUAAGUCCUUUGAGUACUGUGCCAGGAUUUUUAAGCAGCACUUCAUGGAUAGCAGAAUACCGUGCUUGGUGGUAGCUGCAAAGUCUGACUUGCAUGAAGUUAGACAGGAAUAUAGUAUUUCUCCUGCUGAAUUCUGCAAAAAACACAAAAUGCCUCCACCUCAAGCCUUUACGUGUAACACUGUUGAUGUGCCGAGUAAGGAUAUCUUUGUUAAACUGACAACUAUGGCAAUGUAUCCCCAUGCCCGGUUACGCUGUAUGUGCGCCUGCAACAGGUGUACAUUUUGCAUCUGUCAGAACUUCCUCAACUCAGACUUGCUGCAAUCUGUAAAGAACAAACUCUUCACUGCAGUUCUUAACAGCCUUUGUAGAUAUUAAGAUGCACUUGGAGCUUUUCACAUUUUAGAUGACUAAUGCAUGGGGGAAAACUCUAACUGCUGGGGUUGGUUUGCAUCCGAGGAAAACCCGUGCCUGAAGGGAAGCUGCAGCAGCUUGUGCAUGUUAACACGAUGGUUUGGAAUUCAGUUGGUUGUAUUUUGUUAGAACCUAUUGUCUGUGGAGCAGGCUGCUGCUGCUUGCUGGCUGCAAUAACAUGCUUCUAGUGUUGGUGUGAGUAGCCAUGUGACAAGCCUGUUGGCCUCACCACUGUGCUUUUUAAGAUGCUGUUUUAGUUAAUACAGGAAUGGUUUUGAACUUUUGUAGUUCAGGUUAAACCUUCCCAAAUGUGGGAUUCUUCUGCUGCUGACAUGGGUAAAAGUGUCAGUAUUGGCCCAUAACUCAGCAGUUUUCUGUGUGUAACCAUGACAGGCAUGCUCAGUUAACCUCUUGGGAAGUGCAUGUUGUAAACUUCUUGUGAGUUGGUAAAGCCUCUUAAAAGAAAGACCAUACAGAUUUCAGAGUUCUUAUCCAACAAGUGAGCAAUUACUUGACACGCUGUUCAGGGUAGGUUGAACAAAAAAAAUCUGUCUUUUUUUUCCAAAACAUGCAUUAAAAUCUGAAUUUUAUACUAAAGGCAAAAUUUUUAGUCUUGCUUAUUGUAUAUGAGGAACUAAUUGUAUGACUAAAUACACCCCCCAAUCUAUUUGGAAAGUUUGAAAGUGAGUUAUUAUUACUAAUAAGCAAGAGCUUCAAAACCAGCUUUGUUCCUGGAGUCCUAACUGCUACUGUAUGUGUAUAUAUGUGCACAUCCAUAUGGAUGUUUUACCCUUGGAGAGGAUAAUUUUUCUAACUCAGGGUUACUCUCGUAUUAGCAAGGCAGUAAUAAUUCCCACCACUGGUGAAAACUAGUUUUAUAGCACUACUACACUGAAAUAAAAUUAGGACAUUAUAUAUUGAAGAGGUCAAAUUUUUCAGUCUGUAGUGAGAAAUGUUUUCUGCAUUACAGGCGCCUUCAUGUGCUGGAAACAAACAUUGAUCUCUUUUAUUACUUCAGACAGAUGCUUUUUUUCUUUUUUUCUUUAAUGGCAGCUGAACAAUAUUAGGGAUCAGAAUUGCAGAAACUGAAUUUAUGACACCAUAAGGAACACUUCAGGAAGAAAAAUUGGAAUUUUUUUCAAAGGUGUAAAGCAUUUUGACAUUCAUAAUGGUCUGGAUUUCAGUAACCAUUUGUAGACUUUGGAUUUUGGGGCUGAGGUGUUCAGAGGGCCCUAAUGAUUUCUUACUGAAGUCAGUAGGUUUCCUUGAGGUUAUAAGACAAAUCCCUGCCUUGAUUUAUUUCCUUUAUUUAAAUGAAAGAUUCUGUUAGGCUUAGAAAAGGGAUCAGAGUCAAUUUACUCUCCCUUUAGACAUGAAAAGAGGAUUUUUGUCAUGACUGAGAAUAUCUUAAUUGUUUUUAAAAGGGUGAAGCAUGCUCAGCAAGUUUCUUGCAUACGUUAAAUACAGACAUGCAAAACUUAAACCAAGGCAAAUCAUAGAUAGGAAUCAGAAAAUCUAGGUGUGAGAGCUAAUGCUUUAUGAGGCAACGCAAAAGCAUUCAUUUGCAACUUUAACAGUGAUUUGCACAUUUAAAGGGAUGUAUUUUAAAUUGUACAAAUAGUUGGGUGUUUGAAUUAACCAAAUUAAACCUGAGACUUGUUAGUUAUACAAAUACUCACCUAAGAGAGCUUGUUAAAAACACGUUACAUACAGGUGAUUUAUUUUACAUAGAUAAGUUUUAUCCUUUACAGAUCUGCAGACAAGGGGUUAUAGUAUUUUACUAAAAAAACCCACCAUGUGUAGUGAUAAAAUACAGCCUUUAAUUGAAUUAUUGACAGUAAUGGGAUCUUGUCAGCUUUAGGGCUGAUGUGUUGGAGUCAUUCCAGUGCGUUUAGCACAGGUCCUCUAGCUUGUGCGUAUGGUGCUGGAGUAUUGCAGGAUCUGUGGACACAAGGAAGUUGAGGCUUUGGGGAUGGAGUGGGAGAAGAUUCAGUUCCUUAAUCAGUUUUCUGUCCCUAAAGCAAUGGCAUUUAGCUACAAGAAAUCAUUUAUUUUACUCAGCUCAUCAGAAGUACAAACCCCAUUUAUUUCUAAGUUUUUAACAACUGCACGAGAAUCAGGGGCUAGAUGGCUAAAAAUGACACGUUCUCUGGGCUUUGUUAUUUGAGCAUAUUUGAGACACUGCUGUUGUUGAGCCAUGCUAUGAACUGCAAACUGUGCAUGUGUGUAAAAAGGUUAAGAGCCUACAUAGAUGAGUUGGGGGCCAUGCUGUUAGCAGACGAGGAGAGCAGUAUUAUGCAGCAGGUGCACGCCGUCAACUCUGUUGAAGAUUCCAUCUUCAUGGAGUCAUCUCUUGGUCCACGUUUACUUGAAGACAGGUAACAACAGCCAAACUAAGGCGACCUUGCCAUUGCCUUUCCCUUUCUUCCUCUCUGCAAACCACUUGACACCUAGUUUGCAGAGAGUUUGUCAAAACUAGCUGUAGAAGAACUAAUGCUUGCAGGAUAUAAUGAAUUUGAUCUGUUCCAUAACCUAGCAAGAUAUUCUUAAAUAAGAUGAGGAUUUCUUAGAGACCAGCUGUGUUUCGCUGUUUGUACACCAAAGAGGCUGUUCUUCAGCAUGUGGUAUGACAGUACACUGAUGAUCUAUAUGGCUUACAUUGCUCCUGCAAACGUCUACUAAAGACGUUUAUCUGGUUAAAACCAGUUUAUCCUAAACUGGUUUUGUGUAUUUUGAUAGCAAGUAACAAUUCCUGCUUUAUUAAACAGCUUGUAUGCUAUAACUCUGCAGUUCACACGAUAUGAACUCUCGUGCACCGUGUAUGCUUAGGAUCUCUGUAUGCUCCUUGUACUUACUACUCCUGCAGCUUUCACCGAAUAACCCGUGAUGAUUAAUAUAGGCUAAAAUACUCAGGCUAGUGAAGUUCUGUUCAAAGUUCUAUCUUAAACAAAAACAAACAAUGAAAAAACCUUUACUAUUGUUUAGGAACUUCUUAUGCUUUGAAUUAUAGCAUUUAUGGCAACUUAUUUUAAAUGGUAGCUCCUGCUUUAUGGUAAGCUGUCAUACUUAAGACUACUUGUGAGGAUGGCUAGCCGUGUUUAACUGAGCAUGUUCACAGACUUCUUGCAGUAUUUGGGAGAGUUGGGUCAUUGGCUGUCUCUACUGUCAUGCAAGAUGUGGCUUUUUAUGUCAUACACUCACUUCAUACUGUUACAUCUCGUCUUUUUCUGUUGAUGCCAUUGUCACUGCUCGAUUCACUAGCACUUUCUCUUAGCUUUCAGCUUGGUAUUGGAUGACUGUUUCUAUUGCUGUUCUUGUGACUGUUCUGGAAAGAAAGGGAUUUACAAAUGGUCCUUUUGAUUCUAGCUUUUGGAAAAAUAUUACUUGCUACUUGUCAGUAAACUUUUCUGGGGGGAAGAAGUAUAAGUAGAUAUUCAACAGGACUGGGAAACUUUUAAUGGAAAAGCAGAAAUACGCAAACUCAACAUUAAAAAGCUAUUUUGCUGGACAGAGUUCUCGCUAUGGGUUAUUAAUUAUUUGCUGGCUAUUUUUGUUUUCCUUUUCCAAAUGCUUGCUGGUAUUCUCAAAGACGACACACUGUCCUCCCCACAUUCACGACUAAUGAUCUGCUCCUGCAUUUCUCUUCAGCUGUGUGAGCUCUCUGACUUUAGUGAGAUCUACUGAUAUGAUCAGGGCUGCAGAUCAAAUCCUAAGCCUUUAAGAAAAGUAAGAUGACUGUAUAAGACCUCGUAAGGCUGAGUUGUGAACUGCUUUCUGUGACAAGUGUAGUGAUGAAUUUCCAAAAGCAGAGUAGUUUAGCACAAGUUGUCUGAUGAGUUCUUGUCAUGGAAUUAACCUGGUUUUGUAUGUGUGUUAAA